AUUUUUGCUAUCGUAGAUUUUAGCUUUGUCAGUGCGAUGAAUCAUGAAAUUGAGUUUUCAAUAUAAUGAUCGCGAUUCUAAUGAUUUUAAUUUAAAAUAAUGAUAUUACAAUGCAUUACGAAGAUGAAGUUGGCGUGUUACUUUGUGGAACGACUUUAGACGAUUCGGAUUUACACUGAUUGAUUGCCUGUGCAACCAUAGAAAACGUUUAAUGAAAGCAGUAAUCAAUCUUGAUGAAAAUAAUUUUGGAAUUUAAAUGAAUGCUAAUUGUGUCGGACGUAUGUUUAUAUAUACAUAGAAUGACAUAGAUAAAUGCGAAAAGAUCCUUCGUAUUGUAAUGAGUAUACGAGCGCUUCCUGCAAAGAUAUAAACAUCUCAAUUGUUCUACAAAUUACCUUUGUGUCUUGCGUCUUCUUUUUAUAUUGGUCUAAACAUGUUUUUAAUUGUGUACAAUUUGUGGUCGAUGAUGGAAGAUGUUAUAGGAUUAGAUUGAGAAAUGCUUAUGGUACUGCAUGGCGAGAAACAGCUGUUCAUAUGGUUGCAGCUGUCUGGGAUGCACAUGGUUGGAUUUGGCAUGGAUAUGAAAUUGUGGGCUUAGAGAAUAUUCCUCAAGAUAAACCAGUAUUAUUUAUAUAUUAUCAUGGAGCUCUCCCAAUUGAUAUGUAUUAUUUCACGUCGAAAGUAUUUCUAUAUAAUUCGAAGCUAAUCCGUCUAGUAGUAGACCGAUUUUUCUUCAAGAUCCCUGGAUGGUCCAUAUUUGCUGACAUUUUGAAAAUUAUACCUGGUACACGUCAGUCGUGUUCUGCUAUUUUAAAAGAAGGGAAUAUGCUUGCUAUUGCUCCAGGUGGAGUGUAUGAAGCUCUAUUUGGAGAUUCCUGUUAUGAACUUAUGUGGCAGAAAAGAAUGGGCUUUGCAAAAGUUGCUUUGGAUGCAAAAGUGUGUAUAGUCCCACUCUUUACAAAAAAUCUCAGAGAAUCAUUUAGAGCAGUAAGUUGGGGAAGAAGAAUAUGGCUGAAGAUAUAUGCCAAGACAAAGCUUCCUCUUGUACCGAUCUAUGGUGGCUUUCCAGUAAAAUUAGUAACAUAUAUAGGCAAACCUAUUCCAUAUGAUGGGAAUCUUACACCCGAAGAAUUACAGAUAAAGGUUGCUGAUAGUCUUAGAGAUUUAAUAAGAAAACAUCAGAAAGUACCUGGUAACAUUACACGGGCUUUAAUGGAAAGAAUACGUAAUACAGAAAAUAAGGAUUAAUUAACAAUCGUUUUGCUGUACUUAAUAUUCAGAAAAUAAUACUUUUAGAACUUAUUUUAAUUUGAUUAGACUUUUUAGAUGGAA